AUGAAAACGCUUGCACAAGAGGGAUGGGUCCUGAAACCCAACAUUAGCAAAUCUCACAGUGAACUAUUGGACACAGACUUAGCUCACGUCGGCGCCAAAAUAAUACCUGCUGACUUUGCUAAUGUCACAAUCAUAGACGGUCCCAAGAUAUUCCAGUUUAAACGUGUAAAGGAUGUGAGCCAUACAAAGAUAAGCCACGAAAACGGCUCCAACAAGAGCAUGUUUAGAAUCACUUUGUCUGAUGGGAACAGCACUUGCUCUGCUAUGAAUCUUCAGCCCAUCCCUGGAUUGAGUGGAAAGGUAUAUCCUGGUACGAAAUUCAGGAUAAAAAGUGGCGGUGCUCAGGUUUUAGGAGGUUUUCUGUUGUUGACCCCGGCUAAUUGUGAGGUUAUUGGAGGUAGAGUGGAGAAAUUGGUUGAGAAUAUUGAAAAGAAUGAGAAUAUAUCUAAAAAGAAGUCCGGAGAAGAUGGGGGACCUCCGAAAUUUGUUCCCUUUGGGUCAUCUGCAAAUAACGGCACGGCUAAACUUCAAGUUACCCUGGAAAAGCCUGGUAAACAGGAAACCGAUAUUCAGAACGGAGCAGGUAGCAAUAAGACUGGUGACCAUGACAGGAAUUCACGGAACGAUAAAAAUAAUUCUGAUCGAGGUCAGAAAGGUGAUUAUCAGAAGGACAGACGGGGAAAAAGUUAUGAAAAACGAGGACAAAGUACAAGAAGUACAGAUGAUCACAAAGGACAAAGCUAUAGCACAGAUGCUCAGGGCAGUGACGACCGAGGGAGAAACAGAAAUAGAGGGACCCAUAAAUCAGAUUUUAGGGGGUAUAGCCGUGGAAAUUACCACAAUGACGACCAUCAGAGCAAUCGGGAUAGAAGUGAAGAUGGUUCCCAAGGUUCGGGUCGAUCGAGAGGGCGGGGUCGGGAUAGGGGCGAAGAUAAUUCUCACAGUUCGGGUCGGUCUAGGGGUCGUGGUAGGAAUAAAGGAGGAGAAUCGGGUCGAUCGAGGGGCCGUGGACGGGAUAGAGGAGAUGAUUCUUACAGUUCGGUUCGAUCAAGGGGUCGUGAUCGUGGUUCACGAGGUAAAGAUAGAUCGGGACGGGACGACCACUUUAUCUCUGACAGGACCCAAACACCAGGGUUCAGUUUGGGUGAUGUUUUGGGUGACUUCCCAGCACUUGGUGGAGCUAGCCAGACUGGUGGGGCUAGCCAGGCUAGCGAGGCUGUGAACCCUGCUUCUGAGUGGUCCAACUCUAGAGGGGACGGUGGAUCUGGAGGUUAUGAAGAUAGGGGAGGAAGCCGUGGAAAGUUCCGUGGUAACAGUCGGGAUAGAGGUGAUGAUGAUUCAGGUCGAUCAAGGGGCCGGGGUCGGGGCAGAGGUAGGGACAGAGACGAUUACUCUCCAGAAAGGGCCCGACCAACAAACUUUAGUCUGGGUGAUGUUAUGCAGGAUCUAGAUUUCCCUGCACUUGGGUCAGACAGCCCUGCUAGCGGCGCUGGUCAGGCAAGAGAGGAAGUACAGAGUGGCUCUGAUUGGUAUAACUUAAGAGAUGGUGGUGGAUCUCGAGGUUAUGAUGAUAGGGAUGGGAGAGACAAUAGGUCACGAGGUCGAGGUCGAGGAUCACAUGAUAGAGGGUCACGUGAUAGAGGGUCACGUGAUAGGAGUGGGAGAGGUUCUCGUCGUGACGACUAUUCCUCUGGACAAAGUAAACCUGCCGUUUACAAGGCCGAUCUGGAGUCUGAUUUCCCAGUCUAGGAGGGGGAAUCCCGGCUGCUGCUGCUGCUCCAGCUGCAACCAACAUUUCUACUAAAUCCAAGGGCCCAGCUUCUAAAAACAUCACAAACGUUAUGGUUGAUGAUGAAGGGUUUGAAAUACACGAUCACCUGCUGUACGAGGAUAACGGACCUCCUCGUCAGAUGCACGACCCCUCCUUCACGAGAAGCAGGGGUACAGCAGCUACCGCUCCAGCUCAGACCAAGUUGUGGAGGAGAUACGUGAGAUGACGGUGUCUGAUAAUAUGCCAUCUCAUAGUGGUAAAGAUAGAGCCAGUCACGGUGGUGGUAGUAGUACUAGUAGUGCUAGGGCUUCUAAAAGCCAGGAUAGUCGUAGGAAAGAUCCGGAGAAGAGGAGUGAUCAAAAGUAUCGUAGUGGUGGUCAUGGUGGUGAUUCCCAACAAUGUCACCGGGGUUAUGGCCACGAUAAUAGUUCUCGGCGAGACAACGAUCACUACGAUCAACAGUACGAUAAUCGUUCUGAUCAGCGACGUGACGAUCGCUACGAUCAACGGGACAGUUAUCGUAAUGAACAACGGAACGAUUAUCGCAAUGAUCGAUACGAUGAUAGCUCAAAUAUACAGUACACUGAUCGCCGUGAUGAUCGGUACAAUCCAGGAAGAACCACGUCCAACCGUUCCAACUUAACAGGCAACAGAGGACGGUCUUCUGGUGGUGGCUAUCGUAGAUAAUGAGGUAUUGAACUGAAAUGAUCUCGUGGUUGUUGAUGAAAUUGGACUAUUUUUGAAACACUUGCUUAUAGUUAUAUUUCCUAAAUUUUAGAAUUUGCCUUGAUUCUUACAUUUUUAACAGUUAUUUGUUAUUAAAUUGAGUGUAAAUUAUUUAUAUUUCUCAAAAUGUU